AUGGAGACGCUCCUUUUGACCCGCUCAGGAGAGAGACGAUACGUCGGCAAAGCGGCUGCAACGUACUUGGCUCAGAAGCUCAGCUCAACGCCCGAAACGAGUCUCGCUUGGGAUGUGAACCCCAUGUACAAGUCGUCUCUGAAGCGGCCAGCUUCUCUAACCUUGCCACAACUUCCGCCUUACGAGUUCGCCAGGCGACUUUUUUUUGCUCAGUACAUCUAUAUCGGGACUAUCUUCUCCUUUCUGCAGCCGCAUGUCUUCGAAUCACGCCUCCAGAAGGUCUAUAGUAACACCCUGGAUCUCGCCAAACAAGACGAUUGUCUUGCUUUCUGCCAGGUACUGCUCAUUUUUGCUUAUGGACAGAUGUACUCGGUCAAUCAGUGGUCGGGAAGUGACGGACCGCCUGGAUUCACUUUCUUCAAGCAUGCUCUAUGGCUUCUUCCUGACCUUUAUCAGGAGGGCUCGGUCAUGUUUGUCGAGGUCCUGGGACUGCUGGCACCAUACAUGCAGAACGUGAAUCGCAAGGACGCAGCGUUCCAGUACAUCGGCUUGGCAUUGCGUAUGGCGAUUUCCCUCGGACUUCACCAAGAAGUGGACGACUCUGCUAUGGAUGUGGUGGAGAGGGAACAUCGAAGGAGAGUAUGGUGGUCUGUGUACAGCAUGGACAGAAUCAUCUCCGUCAAAUCCGGCAAUCCCAUAUCCAUCCACGAUGAAGAUAUCGACGUGGCCUUGCCGAGCCCCAUACCAGGCGUUGAUCCAGAUCUGUCCCCUCCGCGGGUGCUAGCUCAUUAUACACAAAUGUCAAGGAUCCUGGGACGGAUCGGCAGCGAAAUCUACCGAAAGAAGCUCAAGUCUGGUACCGGCCUGCUUGCUUCUAUCCAAAGCAUCAUGAAUGAUUUGGCCAACUGGCUCAAAAGCGUCCCGGAGGAGUUGAGAAUCGAUUUCUCGGCAUUGGAUCGUCCAAUAUCGCGCGAGGCUGUAUCGACGUUUCUUCACUACUACCAAUGCAUCAACAUGACGGCUAGACCUUUACUCCUUUCCGUGAGUCAGCGAAGGCUGCAAGCACUCGCUACCGGGACGGCUCCUUCUGACUGGAGGGAUGGACUUUCCCCGAACGUUGUUUCGGUCAUCGACUCGGCGAUCUCUGCAGCCUGUGCCAGUACUAUGAUUAUGGCAGCCGCAGCUAAGCAGGGCCUGUAUGCAACAUACGGCUUUAUGGACGGAGAGCAUGCCUUCUCAGCCUCGCUUACGCUGGUCAUGGUCAAUGUCGCAUUCCCUUACAACAGGAGAGAUGCGAAGGCGAUGGAAACAGCACUCUCCGUCCUCCGUGGUAUGGCGGAGAAAGGAAACGAAUACAUCCAAAGAAGACUAUCGCUUCUAACGAACCUUCGUGCAACCAUUGGACGGAGAUCGCCAGUGAUGCAGCCACAUCAGGCUGAGAUGGUGGCGAUUCCAGAAGACCAAGCACCGGAAGAUCAUGACUUCAAUCUACCACAAAACUUGCCCUACAUGGCGCCCUUACCGCACCAAGACCCCUUAAUGGACUUGACCAAUAACUUUUACCCUUUCCAGGAUGUCUCUCUAGAUUUCGAGGUCGACGAUGAUCCGAAGUUCUGGGAGGAAAUUUACGGAGAUAUAGAUAUCGAUAUGGAGACAGGCUGGAUCGAGAAUGCUUUGCGGAACGAAGUACAGCAAGGUCAAGGGACGAUUGGAUAG